AUGUUCGGCUCAGGCAACGUUACACAACCCCCUGCCUCUUCUCAGUCCACUCCCAUCGACCGAAUCACCAUAUGGGGCAACAUUGCGCUUGGGCAAUGUCCUGCACCGACGCUUGCAGACACGAUGUUUCACACACGUCUGAAGCGACAGCUUUGCGCCCAGCAUGGCGUUGAUCCUGAUUAUCUAAACUCAAGGAGUAACCUAGUGAGAGAAUACUUUAUGCAACCAGCAGUUGCAACCGCAACCGUAUGCAAUGGCUCCCACUUUCGAUCCGCGGCACAACGGGCCUCAAAUUUUCCAAUGAUUCCGGGGUCCAACAACAGAGAAUAUUCUGAACGACGAUGGUGGCUUGGCAUCAAAGAUCAUGUCGCGACGUUUGCGUCACUUCAUGAUGUCGAAGUCGUCGUUGCAUUUCACAGGAGGGGUCAACCACUCUCCGUACUUGAAACAUGGGCAUCCGAUAAGUUGUCUCUGAGCCCGGGCUUCCUUGCGAUGGAGACAGCAAUACAGGCCGCCAUUCAGCAGGCUACACCGCAAAACAAUCCCCCGCCUUACCAUCAUGCAAUCGAGCAAGAUGGCCCACCCCAUCUUCCGGCCACUGUCCCACGAGCUCCCCUGUGUCCUAUCCGCUCAUCCUCACGUAUCACCGACCCGGCGCUCAUCCCACAAGCUCCCCUAGCUCACAAUGAACAACCUGAACUGAACAACCUGCUCGAUGCGUUGAUAUACAUGCUUGCCGAGAUUGGGAUCAGUUCACGACUUUGCAAGGAGCUCGUGAAAGCCUUCUGCCUCGAGCCCGCGGAUUAUGACAACAUGCUGCUGGCCGUUCGGGCCCUACUCGAUCCGUCAAAUACUAAGCGGUUCAUGGAAUUCACCCACCAGUGUGACGCUGCUGUGCCGCUCUUCUCCGCACCACCACAAUCAGAACAUUGGUCUCAAUUCAAGCAGUUUUACGAUGGACAAUGUCCGUCCUCGUGCAAGAUCGAUGGGUUGCUGGGAUGUGGCAACAUCGACAUUGCCUCAAUUCUUCCUGUCGUACCUGUUGCACUCAACGACGUCUCCUCAUUGUCUAUCAUUAUGCCUCCUAAACGACCUCACUUUGUCACAACGAUGGGACAACGCCUUGAGAUCCAUUCCAGCAGGAACAAACGAAAAAAGAUCUCAAAUUUGACGGAUUCUACGGAUUUACCGACUAUCGUCGAAUACAUUGAGUCAUUGAAAGCCCCAAAGCAGCUACCAGAUCCCAUACACCCUGCGCCAGCAUUGGUUCCAGACCCCACUGUCGCGCUGGCCGAACUUGCGGAGAGUCUCCCCAAGGUGGAAUGCGCUCUAUUAGAGUCAGAAGAGUCCACAGUGGUCAAUAUCACCAAGACUAAGAUGCAACAUGAUAUUCUCGACGAAUGGAGAGGCAAGGAGCAGGCAUAUCUGGACGUCCUUUAUGAUUAUGAGGGCUUUAAUGGGACUCAAUCCUGUGUGUGCAACCAGCAGCUGAUCCUUAAAUGGACCGGAUCUUUCUUUGAAGGUGCUAGCUGUGCAUCACUUGGACUAGAGCUGUCAAUCCCCCAUCGUGAUGGCACUCCCUGCUGCCGGCAAAAGCGUCGCCCAAACUUCACGGUUAUACACUCAAACGGCUUCCAUCAGCUCUGCGUCAAUCAGUGCAUAUGCCCUGGAAGCUUAUCAUUUGACCUUCAACUUCUUCAACUCCGUCUCUUCCCAGCCAGCGUGCAGUCUCCCAGAACAGCGUUUACCUUCGAGGCUUUAAACUACUUCAGAAUAAUCCAUCUAGAGGGUCAAAUAAGCUCUCAUGCAUUCACGCAAGCCCUCGAACGGUUGACAGGGGAUGAAUACAAGGGUGCUUGGGAAGUGAAGGACAGAGCGCGAGAAUUUCAGCGUGUGGCACGUCAGUGGAAUUACGUGCUCGAACGCAAAAAAUCACAGUGCAUGGAUGUGAACUCGCUUGCUUCACCCUGUCCAGCAUGCCCUCACCCCGGCAAGAACAUUCCACUGAAGGAAGAAGGGGAUGGGACUCUGGAUGACGAAAGGACCAUGGGGAUGCAUAAAGACCCAGGUCUAUGGAAAGAAGAUGGCUUUUUUGUUGAGAACAAACGUUACCAAGCCUAUUGCGGGUUGCUUCCUUCUGCUAAGUCACAGCAAUCGGCAUCAACCUGCACAAACUUGAGAGCGUUGCUACUUCCUCGAUCUCGUUUUGCCCGUUUAAAUGUUACCGGAGUUGCCGGUGCUGUAUGCAGGCACGAAUGCGCUAUCCCUGGGAGCUUCGUAGACAUGUUUCAGGGUGAAAGCGCAUUCAACCGGAUGCAAAACCUCAAUGAAUUUGUUGUGUCAUACGACAUAGCGUGCCAGUUUUCAAAGAACUUCCAGAAACGCGUCGCCAAUAAUCCUGAGUUUCUUUUCUUACCGGACUGUGAUAUCUGUUUUGCUAUCCCGAAAUUCCAUUGCCCGGCACACAAGGAUAGCUGCCGUGUCAAGUUCUCCCUCAAUUAUCUCAAGGGGGUUGGUCGGACCGAUGGUGAAGCUAUCGAACGGCUAUGGGCGACACUUAAUCAUCUCUCUUCAA